AUGCUGUUUUAUAAAAAGGAAUGGUGUUUUUAGAGAGAUGUUUAAAAUACGAAUCAAAAGUAAACCCACUCAGGCUUUACUUACGAAAUGGUUUUAAAGAUUCUUUAAGGAUAUACGUGAAAGGCGGUGCGGGUGGGAAUGGUUAUCCCAAAUUUGGGGGUGUUGGUGGACAGGGAGGAAGCGUUGUUGCUGUGGGACGAGAGCAUAUUACACUAGAAGAUCUGUGCAGAUGCAAUCAGUCGAGGCGUUUCAUAGCAAAGAAUGGCACACAUAGUACGCAUAAUUUUAUACUGGGCCCUCCCGGAGAGAGUUUAAAAUUUGAAGUUCCUCUGGGUGUAACAAUUUAUACUGACGAAGGCAAAAAACUAGGCGAAGUAAAUAAGGAAGGGGAUGAAGUCAUUGUAGCGAAUGGAGGAAAAGGUGGACAUCCUAAGAAUGGGUUUUUGGGUAUCAAAGGGCAAGCUUAUAACGUCAAAUUAGAUUUAAAAUUGAUAGCCGAUGUCGGUCUGGUCGGAUUUCCAAAUGCUGGAAAAAGUACAUUAUUGAAAGCUAUUUCCCAUGCCAAGCCAAAAAUUGCAAGUUACCCUUUUACGACAAUUCGACCAAACAUUGGAAUAAUUUCAUACCCAGACUUUCGACAAAUAUCAGUGGCCGAUUUACCUGGUCUUAUUGAAGGUGCACAUGCGAAUAGAGGAAUGGGUCAUGAGUUUUUAAGGCAUGUUGAAAGAACACAACUUUUACUUGUUAUGGCAGAUAUAAAUGGAUUUCGGUUAGGGUACCAAUAUGUCCAUAGGAAUUGUUUGGACACCAUCGUCUUAUUGAAUAAGGAAUUAGAACUUUAUAAUCCUGACUUAUUAAGUAAACCUAAAUUAAUGGUCAUAAAUAAAAUGGACACAGUUACGGAUCACCAACACUUCCAUAAUGUACGAGACAAAAUCUUAAAUAUAUCAGAUGUAUUGAAGAGUUACCCUGAAGAAAUGAGGCCAGAAAUUCCUUUUGUAUUUGAUGAUAUUAUGGCUAUAUCCGCUAAGGAAAGUGUGGAUGAUGUUAAUUUACUUAAGAACAAAAUUAGACAUUUGCUAGAUGUUCAUAAUGAAAUUAAAAAGAAGAAGGAACUGGAGGAAAAAGCAGAAUUUAUAGCCAAUCUAAGACACAAUUUAGGUGAAAGAGGACCGCUAGUUGUCUAAUUUGUAUUUAAACUUCAACCAUUGUUUUGUAAUACAUCUUUUUUAACAUU